AUGCCUUGCGCCAUUGUCACCACUAAUGCUGACUUCACCAAGGAUCAGGCCGACGCGUUCUGCCUAGAUAUGGGCCAGGUUCUGGCUAAAGAAACCGGAAAGCCUGUGAGCUAUUGCAUGGCGGGGGUUCGUAAAGCAGAUAUGUCUUUUGGAACAUCUACUGAUCUCUGCUGUUUUGUCGACUUCUACUGCAUAGGUGUAAUCUCCCAAGCCAAGAAUCCUUCUAUUUCUGCCGCCAUCACGGGCUGCCUUACCCAGCACUUCAAGGUGAAGCCAGAGAGGGUGUACAUCAGCUUCAACGAGGCGAAAGGCCAUAAUUGGGGCUUUAAUGGCAGCACGUUUUAG